AUGAAGCAGCAGGAUGAUUCGGUGAAGGACUCAGUGAUAACUGAUACCACUAUCCUCAGUUCUGAUAGCGAUACUCGCAUUAACGAAUAUGAUGCCUCGGAUAACAGUGAUUCGAUCAACUUCUCGCUAAAGAAGUCCGAAACUUCUUCGGGUAAGGAGCUGUUAUACAUUUUGAAAAACACCGGUCCCGUCCUAAUUACAUUUCUCUUUCAGUAUUUGAUACAGAUAAUGAUUCCUAUAUAUUUUGAGGGAAAACUAGGCACAAUUUCUCUUUCAGCAUGUUCCCUUGCAAUCACAUCGUUUUAUUUGUCGGGACCGGCAUUUUUUAAUGGCUUUGCAACAUCUUUGGACACACUUUGCUCGGCGGCAUUUGGUGCCGGAAAUUACACCAAAGUCGGCCUUUACUAUCAAAGAUGCAGUCUUAUUCUAUUGUUUGCGAGCGUUCCAAUGAUGACAUUUUGGUACUUUCCAAGGCCAAUACUAAGAAUGAUGACUGACGAUGUGCAGUUAAUCGACCUUUGUGAGAAGUACCUUAGUUAUAUGCCGCUUGCAGCUCCAGCUAUUGCGAUAUUUGAAUGUUCAAAGCGUUUCUUGCAAUCACAGAACAAGUUUUCAGCUCCAACCAGAAUCAACAUAGUUGCACUUCCUCUCUCUUUGGUUCUUAACGCGCUUCUAUUUCCCAAGUUGCGGUUUCAGGGUCCACCAAUCGUUUUUGUAAUCACAUACUGGUUCAUGUGCAUUUCACUUAUUCUGUACAUAUUCUUUGUGGAUGGCUACCAAUGCUGGAACUCCAAUAUUUCUGUGAAGAAUCUCUUCUCAAACUGGGCCAUCUUCUACAAAUUGGGCGUGCCGGGAGUUCUCAUGGUGCUUUCAGAAGCAUUUGCUUUCCAGGUCAUUACCAUAAUGUCUACUCGUUUUGGUACAGAGGCCCUUGCCGCACAGUCAGUCGUUAGUACACUUGCUUCUUUUGCAUUUCAAUUCCCAUUUGCCGUUGGAAUAUGUUGUACUACAAGAAUUGCCAACAUAAUUGGUUCGCAAUCUUCCGAUUAUAAGGUUGCCAUGCAUAUCAUAAUUCGUGUUGCUGGACUUCUCAGCGUUGUCAAUUUUUGCUGGAUGUAUCUAUUUAGAUACCAGUUGGCUUCACUUUUCACACAGGAUCCUGCAUUGAUAAAUGAAAUAUGCCAUUUGCUCUUGAUCGUUGGAUUUAACCAGUUUCUCGAUUGCUUCAACGUUAUCUGUGCCGCAGUGCUGAGAGGACAGGGACGGCAGAAACUUGGAUCUCUUUUGAGUCUUUUCAGUUAUUACAUCAUAGGAGCUCCAUUGGAGAUUCUUUUAGGCUUUCAUUUCAAGAUGAAAGUUUUCGGAUUGUGGCUUGGCUUGGCAUUAGCUGUCUCAUUUCUCACCAUUAGCGAGGUUACAGUUGUUCUAAAUUCGGACUGGCUUUCAAUUAUCCGUAGAUGUUCAAAAUUGACAUAA